AUGGCCAAGAAUUCUCCAGAGAACUGUGAGGACUGUCACAUUCUAAAUGCAGAAGCUUUUAAACCCAAGAAGAUAUGUAAAUCACUUAAGAUUUGUGGAUUGGUGUUUGGUAUCCUGGCCUUAACUCUAAUUGUUUUGUUUUGGGGGGGCAAGCACUUCUGGCCAGAGACACCCAAAAAAACAUAUGACAUGGAGCACACGUUCUACAGCAACGGCGAAAAGAAGAAGAUUUACAUGGAAAUUGAUCCUGUAACCAGAACUGAAAUAUUCAGAAGUGGAAAUGGCACUGAUGAAACAUUGGAAGUACAUGACUUUAAAAAUGGAUACACUGGGAUCUACUUCAUAGGUCUUCAAAAAUGCUUUAUCAAAACUCAGAUCAAAGUGAUUCCUGAAUUUUCUGAACCAGAAGAGGAAAUAGAUGAGAAUGAAGAAAUUACCACAACUUUCUUUGAACAGUCAGUGAUUUGGGUCCCAGCAGAAAAGCCUAUUGAAAACCGAGACUUCCUGAAAAAUUCCAGAAUUCUGGAGAUUUGUGAUAAUGUGACCAUGUAUUGGAUCAAUCCCACUCUAAUAGCAGUUUCAGAAUUACAAGAUUUUGAAGAGGAUGGUGAAGAUCUUCAGUUUCCUACUACCAAAAAAAAGGGCAUUGAACAAAAUGAGCAGUGGGUUGUCCCUCAAGUGAAGAUGGAGAAGACACGUCACACCAGACAAGCAAGUGAAGAACUCCCAAUAAAUGACUACACUGAAAAUGGAAUAGAAUUUGACCCCAUGCUGGAUGAGAGAGGUUAUUGCUGUAUUUACUGCCGUCGCGGCAACCGCUACUGUCGCCGUGUCUGUGAACCUUUACUAGGUUACUACCCGUAUCCAUACUGCUACCAAGGAGGGCGGGUUAUCUGUCGUGUUAUCAUGCCUUGUAACUGGUGGGUGGCCCGCAUGCUGGGGAGGGUCUAG